UUCGAAUUUGGAUUCGUAAAAAUUAAACGAAUACAAAUACAAAAUCACAGUAUUCGACUCGAUUCGAUUCGUUUACAACCCUAGUAGUAGUGAUAAUAAGUAGUGUUGGUAAUGAGUUUUUAUUUCGUUUUGUUUGUGCACUAUACAGAAAUAAGUUAAUAAGUUAUGCCCAUGCUUUGUCACAAAUUAGUUUGUCAGGCCCACUCAGUAUGCAUGCACGUUUUCAUCAAUGGAAAAGGUUCGGACAAAUGUUUGCCUCCGGUAGUUGGGAGGAGAGCAUUUCCGCUGAUUUGGUUUACUCAAAUUUUAAUCAAUGGCAAAGGCGUUUGUGGAGCUGGUUCUCAUCCCUUCUCCGGCGAUGGGCCACGUCGCCGGGAUGCUGGAAUUUGCUAAACUCCUCCUACACCGAUCUGAGGAGAUCUGCAUAACCGUCGUCAUCAUCAAGCUUCCUGAUUACAUCGAUUCCGUCAGCGGUACAUUUGUGGACACCGUCGUCGGUUCUACACACGAAAGCCGCCUCCGUUUCUUCCAUAUGCCGCCGAUCGAUCCGUUACCGGAGUGGAGCUCCAAAACUCGAGGCCACUUCGUCUACAUGCUGCUGCAGAACCAGAGCACUCACCUCAAAGCAUUCUUCCAUCGCCGUCUCCAUGACACCGGCCCUGAUUCCGCCUCUCCGAAGAUCGUCGGUGUGAUUGUCGACAUGCUGGCCACUCAAUUGAUGGAUGUCGCCGUCGAUUUAGGGAUUCCGACCUACGUGUUCUUCACCAGCAGCGCGGCGUUUCUCGGCCUGAUGCUCCACUUCCAGAUUCUCCAGGAUGAGAAGGGGCAGGACGUGACUGAGUUCGCGAAUUCGGAGACCGAGUUGGACUUUCCGAGUUACGCUAACUCGGUCCCUCCCAGCGUGUUGCCGAAGGUUCUAGUCGACAAGGACACGUGGCAAGGCCGUUUCCACAAGUUCGCUCGCGACUACAGAAAGGCAAAGGGCAUUAUCGUCAACACGUUCCCCUCAUUGGAAUCCCACGCCAUAACUGCCUACAACAAUUCCGGCGACCUUCCGCCGCUCCACACGGUGGGACCGAUCGUGAACCGGGCUCGACCGCCCCCUGGCGAGCAGAUCUGCGGCAGGAUAAUGAAAUUUCUGGACGAGCAGCCGCCGGAAUCCGUAGUGUUGGUAUGCUUCGGGAGCCAGGGGAGCCUGCCGGAGGAGCAAGUGAGAGAGAUCGCCGACGGAAUUGAGCGGAGCGGGUUCCGGUUCAUAUGGUCCCUCCGGCGGACUCCCCUCCGCGAGGACGAGAACAGAAAAGCGCAGUUCCCGGGAGACUACACAGAUUACGAAGAGAUCUUACCCGCCGGGUUUCUCGGCCGGACGGCGGGAACAGGGCUGGUGGCGGGAUGGGUCCCGCAGCUGGACAUACUGUCGCACAAAGCGGUGGGAGGGUUCGUAUCUCACUGCGGAUGGAACUCGGUAAUGGAGAGCAUAUGGUGCGGGGUUCCGAUAGCGACGUGGCCGGUGCAUUCGGAGCAGCAGGUCAACGCUUUUCAGUUGGUCAGAGAGCUGGGAAUUGCGGUGGAGAUAAGCCUGGACUACUGCGAGAGGAGUGUGAGGGAGGCUGGAAACGGAAUGGCUGUAACGGCGGAGCAGAUAGAGAGAGGAAUUAAGAGAGUGAUGGAGGACAGUGGAGUGAGGAAGAAGAUGGCAGAGAUGAAGGCGGAGAGCCGCAAGGCUUGCGAAGAUGGAUCUCACAUUUCCACGCUCAUAGCGCGGUUAAUUACUUAGGAACAUGUUUGGUGGCUCCAAAAAACCACUUCAAUAAAUGAAUUACUCCACUUUAAUGAGUUGCUUUUGCGAACCACAAAAAUAGGGUAACGAUACAAAUUAGGAUACAAACAUUGUUUCGGUGUUUGGUUUGGGUUUGGUUUGGGUGGGGUUCUGUUUUUCUCAAAUAUUACCAAGAAUGCAUAAAAAGAAUUAGAGCUCGUUUGGUAACACUGAAAUUGACUGUAUUGGUUGAUUCUGCUGAAAUUUAUGAAGUUCUGGCUGUGUUGACUAAUUCUGCU